CGCUGCUGCUGCUGCUGCUGCUGCUGCUGGCCGCCCAGGUGUCUGGUGAGUUUGGCAUGGUCCGUGUCUUCUCGGAGAGAGGGAGCAGCAAAGGAAAAGACUAUUGUAUCCUCUUCAAUUCCCAGUGGGCCCACCUACCUCACGACCUGGGCAAGGCGGCCCCCCUUCUGCUGCAGGACCAGACGGUGUCUGUCUUGUGUGCGCCGUCUGACGUGCCCAAUGGGGGCUUCUUCAACACAAUCCCCAUGGUGAUGCGGGGGAAUUGCACCUUCUACGAAAAAGUGCGCCUAGCUCAGAUCAACGGUGCCCGAGGUCUCCUGAUUGUCAGCCGAGAGAGGCUGGUCCCCCCUGCUGGCAACCGUAGCCAGUACGAAGAGAUCGACAUUCCGGUGGCCCUGUUGAGCUACACUGACAUGUUGGACAUCGGCAGGAGCUUCGGGCCCUCAGUGACGGUGGCCAUGUAUGCCCCCAAUGAGCCAGUCCUGGACUACAACAUGGUGAUCAUCUUCGUGAUGGCCGUCGGCACGGUGGCCGUCGGCGGGUACUGGGCUGGAAGCCGAGAUGUGAAGAAGCGAUACAUGAAGCACAAGAGGGACGACGGGGCUGAGAAGCAGGAUGACGAGACGGUGGACGUGACCCCUAUCAUGAUCUGCGUUUUCGUGGUCAUGUGUUGCUCCAUGCUGGUUCUUCUCUACUACUUCUACGAUCAACUUGUGUAUGCCAUCAUCGGAAUCUUCUGCCUGGCAGCCUCCAUUGGCUUGUACAGCUGCCUCUCCCCGUUUGUCCGAAGGUUUCCAUUGGGAAAAUGCAGGAUCCCCGGGAACAACUUGCCCUAUUUCCAUAAGCGGCCCCAAGUUCGGAUGCUGCUGCUGGCUGCCUUCUGCAUCUCCAUCAGUCUGCUUUGGGGCGUAUUCCGGAAUGAGGACCAGUGGGCCUGGAUCCUCCAAGAUACCCUGGGGAUUGCCUUCUGCCUCUACAUGCUGAAAACCAUCCGCCUGCCCACGUUCAAAGGCUGCACUCUGCUUCUCAUGGUCCUCUUCAUAUAUGACGUCUUCUUUGUCUUCAUCACGCCCUAUCUGACCAAGACUGGGGAGAGCAUCAUGGUGGAGGUGGCAGCUGGGCCAGCGGACUCGGCCACACAGGAAAAGCUUCCCAUGGUGCUGAAGGUCCCACGGCUCAACUUCUCCCCACUGGCUCUUUGUGAUAGGCCCUUCUCCCUCCUGGGAUUUGGGGACAUCUUGGUUCCAGGUCUCCUGGUUGCCUAUUGCCACAGGUUUGACAUUCAAGUCCAGUCCUCACGCGUGUAUUUUGUUGCUUGCACUGUAGCCUAUGGCAUCGGGCUCCUGGUGACGUUCAUUGCGCUGGCUUUGAUGCAGAAAGGCCAGCCAGCCCUCCUCUACCUCGUGCCCUGCACACUGCUCACGAGCUUCAUGGUGGCCCUUUGGCGGAGAGAAGUGGCCAUGUUCUGGACGGGCAGCGGCUUUGCGAAAGACCUACCUCAUCCCCCUGUGGUGAUCUCCCCUGUGGGCUGCCCUGCGCCCCCAAAAGAGCUGAGAUCUCCAAUGCCUCCGCAGGAAGCAGGUGGAGAAGUUUCCAGUGAGAGGCUGGCUAGCCCUGCUGGGGCCAGCCAGGAGCCACCUCCAGAGCACUUCCUGGAGAUGGAGACGGAGGGCCACGCAGGGUGCAGGAAGCCGCUGGCCAGUCCACCAUCUCCCCAUAUAGAAGAGACGGACCCCUCUCCGGACCCUGUCCCAGGAAGCAAGAGCCCCCCGGCUGGGAGACAGAGCCCGUCUGACUAGGAACUUCCUGCUUCCCUCUCCGACAAUCCCAUCCCUUCUUUCUCUCAUCACAGACUAACUCAAGACACAACCAGGACUGGUCUGGCCGCCUCGGAAUUCAGCACCCCACAGAUCCCAUCAUUCCACGCGAGGAAACCGCUUGGCCGAAUCCUGAACACACGAACUGACGGCACCAGCUCUCUCCUCCCCCCCAAAUAUGGUGCUUUCAUAUCAAAGUUUGCCGAUUGGUUCUGAAAACAAGGGGCAGACGCCUCUCCCCUCCCCGUUCCAUGAUGCUGGGAUGGUAUUCCAUCCUCCUUCGAAAUCUAACAGUAUUCGGCGCUUGCAUGGCUGCUUUGCGAUGCCUUUGGAUUGCAGGGAUGGACUGUCAUGCUUUUGGGACCAUGCAUCUCCUGGAAAGCCACCCCACCUUUUCUCUGGAAGAUCCUGACUCAUAUUUGGUUUUAUUGCCCCUUCUCUGGCUGGAUUUCGAUCCUAUGCGCAGGACUCUGGAAACAGUUUGCUCUCGUCGGGUGUCUGCAGGAAGGGUGUGUUUUGGGGUGAUAUUGUAGGAUGCUAAUACGUUGGGGGCAGGUUUGUGCCCGGAGGCAUUUUGGGAUGGGAUUUGGUUGUGUCCUUUAGCCAGAUGGGUGCUCCAGGGAGUCUCAUCCCCUCCACCAGACUAGAAGCCAUUCAAGCUUCUGUGGAGUUGGUCCUUUUCGGGCAGGACUCUGGCUGGAACCCCGUUCCCACCCUGAAGAAGGCAUCCUGGUGCGUCGCAAGAUGGCGCUGGGAAAGCAAUGGUGGGCUUGCAACACGGCCUUGCUGGCCUGGAGAUGCCUUGAGAUAGAGAUAGUCCGGUGAGUGGCUGGGCUGGGAAUCAUGGGAAGCAGGGGCUGUUUCUGUGCUUGCUGGCUCCUCUCUGCACUUCUCCAGCCCCAGCCAGCCGCUUCCCUGGAGGAAGGGACUUCUCCCAGGGCUGCUGGCCCAUAUCCAGCCUCCAAUGGCCCUGAGUCAAAAGCUGUGGGAGAAGGGAAGUGUUUCGAAGCCUGUGGCAAGGUUCUUGCUGGGCUUCCUUCUCCAGAAAUGACUCAAGGAAGGUGAGAGGCUUUGUGGAGCAGUAAUCGGCCCCAGCGCCAUCGUUCCUGCAAGAUCAUCCUCUCCCAUGGCUAGAGGUGGGAGAAGAGAAUCGCCCCUUCCUUAAGGCUUUGCGACAUGGCCCACCUUGCUGAACUGGAGUGUGUGUGAUGGGACAUGAUUUUGAAGCAUAGACGUAGUGGCUGACACUUCCCUGAACAUCUGGCCGCCUUUCCGGAAAAGACAGUGGAGGCUUAGCCUGAAGACAGCUGGCUCGUUGAUUCCCCCCCCCCCCCCACCUGGUCUUGAGGUGCACACCUGCUUCCAACUCCCACCUUUUCAGGAGCUCUGCUGUCCUUUGCAGAGCCUUUUUUGAAGAAAGAGUGCCCCCCCCCCAGGCUAUGGGAGAAACCAUGGGGUGGUGGCCACCAGGCCAGGCAGCGUUCAAGCCACAGUCAGGCAGGGUGGGAUGGCUGCUGCCUUCUCAGCCGGCCUCCUGAGGUUGGGGAGGUCCCUUGGAAAGUUGGGGCCCGGGCACUCGCUUGGUUAUUGCCUGACAUAAAAGAGCCACAGAGAGAGUUGGAUUGUCCUGGUGCCACCAGUCCGAACCUUGUGGAAAUGGGGUCCUUCCCUUCUUGGAGAGGGGUGUCUCCUCUAGAUGACCUUCGGCACCUGAGCCAGGAAGUCCUGUGCGUGUAUUUCGGUUUUUUUCGAUUAUCAUUCCCCGUGUCCAUGUUCUUUGGAAGAUCUCAUUCUGCGUCCCCCGUGUGUAAGUGUUGAUGCUGUGCUGCCAAGAGUCCUACCAAGCCCAUCUGCCACAUCUUGGCCCUCCCUGGGAACCCCUCGCAGGUCACGAGGAGUGAGAGAGGAGGCUUCCCUGUCCGCUCCCCGCUGGGCACGGCUGUGGUGAGAUGUAGGGCCGUAAGCAGAUCUGGCAUCCGCCUCUCCCCUCCGCCCUGCAAAUACCAGAUGCUUCUCUUGGACACUCCAGAAUUAUGCCUUAAUUUAAGCCAUUUUAUAAAUACUGUAUAUGAAAUUUUAAUUUUACAGAAGCCGGUUGGACAAUAAACUUGACCCAACAUGAGGUGGCUCAGAACUGAGGGCCAAGUGUA